GCGGGUCACGUUUUCGCAUUGGUUCCCUACCACACACGCAGCGGCGGCAAACAGCACCCCAGCAAAAUUCGAGGAGAGCGGCGGCGGCAAAGCGGUUUUUGCUGCGCUUCUCCUAUUUUAAGUGCCGAGCGUUUUACUAUUUUUACUACAGAGCCACACAGAGAUACAAACACACACCAGUGCAUGCGUGGAUAUACGGAUAUUCGGACAUUCGGCCAUUCGUGUGAGUGCAGUGCAGUCCGUGUGUGUGUGUGUGGGUUUUUCAGUUAGAAACAACACAACAAAAACAAAAAACAAAAACGAAAUACGACAAUUACAUGGCGGCAGUGUUAAAUGUUAUUGAUAUGAUCUUCCAUAAAUAAAUGUUGAGCAAUACUCGAGGAAAUAAAUUGUUCAGAAUUCAAUUUGCAAAAUGCAUACGGCAACAGCAGCAGCAUCGGUGGAGAAUCGGUGGAGCCGAAACUAGGCUAAAUAUCUUUGCAUACUUUUGGGCCAGCUUUUCAGCACACACAGGCACAGAGCGACAGAGCGACAGACAGACAGACAGACAGACAGGUCCUGCGCCUGCGGUCGCCGACAUUUGAACCUGUUCCAAGCCCCAGCGCUGACCGCUGACCGCUGAGCGCCGGCAGGCCGUGUAUCUCCGUGUCCGUGGCGUCCUCGUUCGCUGCUUCCUUUAUAAUAAGAGCAAUAAGAGCAAGCAGGCACACAGACACACUCACACUCACACUCGCAUCGAAAAGGACAAGCGCAAAAAGAGUUCGCCUUUGAGUUCAGUUUCGGUGCAGUGGUUCUCGGAGUGGUACAACGGUUCAACAGCCUCCGGGUUCCGGGUUCGGGGCAAGCACAACUGCAAAUUCGUGAGUGCAGUGGCCCGUCGUCGCUUCGUCCCGGCUUCGUGUGCGCAUCCUGUUUGUCUUUCAGCGCCCCCUCUGUCCGUGUAUGUGUAUCCUGCAACAGUAGCAGCAAAAGCAGCCCCAUCUCUGCAGCGGCGAAAAUUGUGUCAGCAGCAGCAGCAUCAGUGGAGCAGCAGCAGCAGCAGCAACUUCUGCAGUUCGCCAGUCUGGCGCCUGAAUCUCCAAUUGCCGGUGCAGCGGCGGACCAACUGCGUCAAAGUGUUAAACGUGCCAUUGCGAGAAUGCCACCUCGCGGUCCUACGUCAUAGUCAACCACCCCCAGCAUUCAGCACUCAGCAGCAGCAUUAGUAUUCAGCAUUCAGCAUCAAGAGAAAUCAGCACUAGCCAGAGAGCACCAGCACAAAGCCCAGAGAAGAAUUCAACUUCGAACACAGCCAAAUCGAACGCAACAAAGCUUCCAGAAUCCAAAAAUCCAGAGCCAAGAGAGGAGUUCCAGUUCCCACUUCCCACACUUCCAGAGCGAAGCCCCAAGCGAGCCAGCACUACCAAAUUAGUUGUUAACUGAAUCCAGAGACUGCUCCGCCAUGAAGCUGCUCAUAAAGUCCAUAAUCACAGGCGCCCUACUCGUGUUCUUCAUCUAUGCUACAGCCCAGUCUCUGGCCAAGGUCCAGGAGGCUGACGAGACGAGAGCAUCAUACAGGUCGUCGUUCAACAGGAGCGAUUUCAGCCUAAAAGACCAGAGUCCCUUUCACAGUCGACGGCUGCGGCAGGCGCCAGAUGAUGAUGGACUGGGAGGGACUGAGGUUUCAUUCAAAGAAGAGAAGCUCGAGGAGAAGGGCAAUGAGAUUCGAGAGUGCAGCAAGGGCCUGGUAUUGCCCCUGUGGCUGCCGCAGAAGAACAUCUCGUUGGGUGAUCGUCUGAUACGAGGAUUUGUCUACUUCGUGAUACUGGUGUAUCUGUUCGUUGGGGUCUCCAUCAUCGCGGAUCGGUUCAUGGCGGCCAUCGAGGCGAUCACGUCCAUAGAGCGAACUGUGGUGGUGCGCGGACCCAACAACGAGAAAAAGACGAUGAACGUGCGCAUAUGGAACGAGACGGUGGCCAAUCUCACGCUGAUGGCUCUGGGAUCGAGUGCCCCGGAGAUCCUGCUCUCCGUUAUCGAGAUCUACGCCAAGGACUUCGAGAGCGGCGACCUAGGACCGGGCACCAUCGUGGGCUCCGCCGCCUACAAUCUGUUCAUGAUCAUUGCCGUGUGCAUGGUUUGGAUACCGGCGGGAGAGGUGCGUCGGAUCAGGCAUCUGCGCGUCUUCUUUGUCACCGCCACCUUUUCGAUCUUCGCCUAUGUCUGGCUAUGGGUCAUCCUCUCCGUCUUCUCACCGGGCAUCAUCGAGGUGUGGGAGGCCCUUGUCACCCUGCUUUUCUUUCCCAUCACGGUCAUCUGGGCCUACAUUGCCGAGCGCCGCAUGCUCGUCUACAAGUACAUGGACAAGAACUUCCGCGUGAACAAGCGCGGCACUGUGGUGGCCGGCGAACACGACCAGGUGGAGAUGGAUGCGGAGAAGGGGCGCCAUCCCCUGUCUGUCGGCUUCCAGUCUACUCGCAACUCCGAUGCCGAGGCCUUCGACGAGGCGCGACGCGAGUACAUCACCGUGCUGUCGGAGCUGAGGCAAAAGUACCCCGAGGCGGAGCUAGAGCAGUUGGAGAUGAUGGCCCAGGAGCAGGUGAUCUCGCGCGGCAACAAGUCGCGCGCCUUCUACCGCGUCCAGGCCACCCGCAAGAUGGUCGGCAGCGGCAAUCUCAUGCGCAAGAUCCAGGAGCGCGCCCACAGCGAUCUCACCGAGGUGAAGGCCAGCCUGCAGUCGAGCGAGGAGGAUGACGAGGACGAGCAGCCGACCCGCGUGUACUUCGAGCCGGGCCACUACACGGUCAUGGAGAACUGUGGCGAGUUCGAGGUGCGCGUCGUGCGCCGCGGCGACAUCCACAGCUACUCGACCGUCGAGUACGAAACCCAGGACGGCACAGCCAUCGCCGGCACCGACUUCAUUGGCAAGAAGGGGACGCUCAGCUUCCCGCCGGGCGUCGACGAGCAGCGCUUCAAGAUCGAGGUCAUCGAUGACGACAUUUUCGAGGAGGACGAAUGCUUCUACAUCCGUCUGUUCAAUCCAUCGGAAAAUGUGAUUCUAUCGGUGCCCCAGAUCGCCACCGUAAUGAUCCUGGACGACGAUCAUGCCGGCAUUUUCGCCUUCACCGAUUCCUUCUUUGAGACCAGCGAAUCGGUGGGGCUCUACGAGGUGGCUGUCAUGCGCUAUUCCGGCGCUCGUGGCACCGUCAUUGUGCCAUAUUGGACCGAAGAUGAGACCGCUGUCGGUGGCAAAGACUUUGAGUCCGUACGCGGCGAACUGAUCUUCGAGAACAAUGAAACAGAAAAGAAGUUCGAAGUACUCAUUCUGGAGGAGAGCAGCUACGAGAAGGAUGUCAGCUUCAAGGUCCACCUCGGAAUACCACGAUUGGCACCAGAUUCCCUUCACUACCAUGACUUUAAUAAGGAAUCAUUUUUCAAUCGAUUUUUUGAAAAACACGAACACACUGGAGAUCAUACCUACGAUGAACUUCAAGCUAAAAUCCAAGAGGUGGAGCAGAAGAACACCAAGGAUUUAACCGAGCUGGACCGCAUCCUGCUGCUGAGUAAGCCCAGGAACGGAGAGCUGUCCACCUCCCAUAUCCGCAUCCGAGAGAGCAAGGAAUUUAAGGCUACUGUCGACAAACUGGUGGCCAAGGCGAAUACUUCAGCCGUGCUCGGCACAUCCUCCUGGAAGGAACAGUUCAAAGAUGCCCUCACCGUCAUCCCAGCCGAUGAAAGUGAGUUCGAUGAUGUGGACGAUGAUGUGGAGGAGGAGGUGCCCAGCUGCCUCAGCUACAUCAGCCACUUUGUCUGCCUCUUCUGGAAGGUUCUCUUUGCAUUUGUGCCGCCCACAAACAUUUACGGCGGCUAUGUGACCUUUCUGGUUUCGAUAUCUGUCAUUGGUAUCAUCACCGCCGUCAUUGGGGACGCCGCCUCCUACUUCGGUUGCGCCCUCAAUAUCAAGGAUUCGGUUACAGCCAUUCUCUUCGUGGCCCUGGGCACCAGCAUACCAGAUACAUUUGCCAGCAUGAUUGCGGCCAAGCACGACGAGGGUGCCGAUAACUGCAUCGGCAAUGUCACGGGCAGCAAUGCGGUCAACGUAUUCCUGGGCAUUGGGCUGGCCUGGUCCAUUGCCUCCAUUUACCACAUGUCCCAUGGCGGAACCUUCAACGUGGAGCCGGGAACGAUUGGCUUUGCAGUGGGACUCUUCGUGGCCGAGGCUUUGGUUGCCAUCGCUGUGAUCAUGUGCCGGCGCUGGAACAAGAACAUUGGUGCGGAGCUGGGCGGUCCAAGGGGAUCCAAGUACUUCUGCGCUUCGAUCCUGGUGUUCCUCUGGGUUUUCUAUGUAACCAUCUGCACUUUGGAGGCCUAUGACAUCAUCCGGAUCUAAGCGAACCACACCACCCUAAUGGCGUUGGCUCAAAGGAAAUGUAUCGCCAGGACAGAAUCGAGAACAAAAACCACACGCGAAGAGGCUGUUCGAAACAGUUUUAUAAAUGUAAACUUAUAUAUAUACGCGUAUGCACUGCACUGUGCUAUGCCAUAUAUAUAUUGAUAUUUAUUGUGUAAAAUUUAUGUUAAUACUAAGAGUAAAAUCGUAAUGUUUAACUAGGUUUGUAAGUCGGGCUUAUUUUAAAUAUUGUGUACUAUUUUACGAUUACCUUACAUUACUCUCUUUAUUUAUAUAUAUAUACAUAUAUUCGAUAUGAAUUGUAAAUACAGAAAGGCUGCCACGGCUCAGCAAUCUUGUAAUUGUAACGAGAUCAUUCAUUGUUAUGCCAUAUAUACUUAAUUAUACACACAUACUCUAAACAUACAAUAUAUAUUUAUUAUUAUAUCAUUCUGCGUACAACUUAAGUCAUUGUUGUUCUUUGUUAAAGCUGUACUUAAUCCACAAGUCCACAAACGCGUGGAGGGGGACACUGAGAUACCGAUACCGCCCCCGUCCGUUUGAAUUCGAAUUUAAUUUUGAAAUUGAAAUCGUCUCUCCAUCUGUCAGAAAUCAUUGUUAAUUUAAUACAUGUGUAAGUUUUAGCAGAAAAAAUUAAAAGUUUUAGCCAACAGAAAACCCCUUAAGCUAAAUA